AAGUAAUUUGGCCUCUGUGUAUGUGGCUCAACCUUCGCUUACCUUUGACAAGGCAGUGAGUAACACAACUCUGUUCUGUUUUGUGUUCCUGAUUGUCUGCAGCUCGAAAUCAUUAUUCGAGAAUAUUUUUUUUUUCUGUUGUAAAAUAAUAAUAAAUAAUACUUCUGCUUAUUGAGAUACAUACAUAUAUAUAUAUACAGAGCACAUAAUUUUUCAGUUCUUCACACAUUGAAUAUCCAUUCAGAAUGAUGGAAGAAAGAGCAAAGUAUGCGGGUUUGAUAGGAGCAGGUGCCCUUUUGGGCUCCAUUACUGCCACCAUAGCUCUUCUCAAAUUUCUUCCAUCAUCAUUAUUUAGAGAAACUGAUAAUAAGGUUCAAUGUAGUAAUUAUGAAAAGUCGAAUGGUAAAGCAGUUUUUUCUGCUCCAGUGUUAGAAGACAAUAGUUAUCUAAGAGAAGAACUGGACCCUGCUGACCUUUUAAAAGACGAAAUAGUUUCUGAGCAGCUCACCAGGAAUAUCCAGUUCUUUGGUUUUGAUGCCCAACAAAAGGUGACAUCUUCAUAUGUUGUAGUCAUUGGCCUUGGAGGGGUUGGGAGUCAUGCUGCAUCCAUGCUUUUGAGAUCAGGAGUUGGCAGACUCCUCCUUGUGGACUUUGACCAGGUUUCACUUUCAUCUUUAAAUCGACAUGCAGUAGCUACAAGAAUGGAUGUUGGCACCCCAAAAGCAUUAUGCCUUAAGAAACACUUCUCAUCAAUUUAUCCAGAGUGCCACAUAGAUGCUAAGGUGAUGUUGUAUGAUGCUUCAUCAGAAGAAGAAAUUCUUUCAGGCCAUCCCGAUUUUGUUUUGGACUGUAUUGAUAACAUUGAUACAAAGGUGGCUCUUCUUGCUGCAUGUGUACGUAGAGGUUUAAAAGUUUUAUCUGCUACAGGAGCUGGUGCAAGAGCUGACCCAACAAGAAUCCGUGUGGCUGAUUUAAGAGAAUCGACUAAUGACCCACUAUCUAGAUCUGUUAGACAUCGUUUAAGAAGAGAUCAUGGGAUUGAAGGUGGGAUUCCUGUAGUUUUCUCCUUGGAAAAACCAAAGGCAAAACUGCUUCCCUUUAAGGGACCUAAUGGAGAUGAAGAGAAUCCUUCAGACUACCAAGUAGUGCCUGGAUUCAGGGUUCGAAUAAUCCCUGUUUUAGGAACAAUACCCGCUAUUUUUGGACAAAUUAUGGCAUCAUACGUUUUGACACAACUGGCAGAAUUUCAAGUCCACAUGGAACCUAUUGUGAACUUUGAUGUGGAUCAUUACAGUGUGCUACAUCAGCGCCUUAUUGAACAUGAGGAGUUGAUUUGUGGCACAUCCGACCAAGUUCAGGUGGAUGUUGAAGAAGUGAUGUAUGUUGCCAAAGAAUUGUGGCAUUGUCGAAGCGCGAGAGAUCAAACUAAAAAAGAAGUUGGGCGUGGAAUGUGGCGUUCAGUGAACGAGUUAAUGCUCGUGAGAUGGGACAGUUCCAAGCCAGCAUCUGCAUCGAAUUUAAUUCUUCUAAAAUUUGCAGAGGCUGACGAACAUGAGGCAAAUACACUUGAAGAUAUAAAGGAACAUGAACCAGAGUUUUUCACUCGGGUUACAUCCACACUAAAGCGAGCUGAAUUAGACUUGGGCUUGUAGUGUCAUUAAAUUGAAAUCUUGAAGCUGAUUUUAUGGUAAUUAUGGCAUCAUUUGUCAAGGCGCUUUAUUGCUCGAUUAUCGCGUGCUUACCCAACACUCAGUUUUGCCCAGAUAUGGUAAAAGAAACUAGGGGUGUUUUUUCUGGGUUGCUCUUAUAAACCAUACUUCGCCACACUGGGACCACCAAAUGAUCCAAGAUUUUUUGAAGUUUGACAUCUUAUGAAAGACUUCUAGGUAGCAAAAGGCUGUGUUAUGGUUGGUCUUCUUAUUCCAUUGUUUUGAGCUGCCAUUGUUGUAUGUUUAAAAGAUGAAAUUGUAGUUUCGAGCUGCCAUAAUUGUGUGAUUUAAAUGAAACUUAGAACGUGGAGUACCUUAUAUGUAGUUUGUAAAAUUGCAUUUCAUAGACCAUAAUGCGGAAAUGGUAGCUCCAGGAGAAAUGUUAGCAUCC